AUGCCGGGACGACGCAGCGGGCUUCCACCUCCCGCUCGGCCGUAGCGGACUUCGCGGGAGUCGGGGCCAUGGCAUUGUCGGGCUUCGGCUUGUUGCUGGGCCGCAUCCCGGCCACAGCGUGGAGAGCGGCAAGAUCACCCCUUCUGUGUCAUUCUUUGAAGAAAAUAAGUUCUCAAGGAGAAAAAUCUGAACCUAUCAAACAACCCCUUAAGAAGCCAAAGUUACCAGAAGGUCGUUUUGAUGCACCAGAAGAUUCCAAUUUAGAGAAAGAACCACUGACAAAAUUUCCCGAUGAUGUUAAUCCUGUUACCAAAGAAAAAGGUGGACCCAGGGGCCCAGAACCUACCCGAUAUGGAGAUUGGGAACGAAAAGGACGCUGUAUUGAUUUUUAAGCCACAUAUUCUUUAACUUCAGUAUCUUUUUCUGAUUGUGAACAUCUGAAUUAACUUAUUUCUGAUUAUUUUCUUUCUGUAUAUCCUUUAAGUCAUCUAAUUUCUACAAUGUGUUUAAAAAUAUAUAUGAUAGCUUUGGAAGAAAAUAUGCUGCUAUAAAUUAAGAAAGGAAAUAUUUCUACAUUAGCACAUCAGUUUUUUAAAGUAAAUGUAUUGGGGUAUUUAAGUGUUGAUUAGAGCUGCAAACUUUUAUUUCAUCAUGUUUCAGUUUAUGUUAAUCAUUUGCUUAUAAGAUGCAAAUUAAACAACCUUUU